UGUGUCGGAACAUAGUUAUUGAUAGUAAACAAUAGUAAAUAUCGGAACUUAUUCAGUGUUACAGCUUUUAUUGGAUCAACUUCUGUUUUGCAUCGUUUAAUUGGAAAAUUUAAAGUGAAAAUAUCGAAGUGCAAGAGAUUCAAACUUUUUCUUAUUAUUAAUAAAAAUAUCUGUAGUUUGUGAUUUUUCAAAUAUUUUUUUGAACUCAAAUGACGUGUCUAACCUCAUUACAUACAAGGUCAACUGAAUUGCAAUGACUAAUGUUUCUGAAUGUGUGAAAGUGCGUUUGUUAACGCGCGUGAGACGGACAUUGGACAUGGCACACUUUUAUUUAGGAGUACAAAUAAGUUUCCACCGUUUGACAAAAGAUGGUUUCGAUUUGUAAAAAUAGUGAUAAUGGAUACUUUAUUCAUUCAAAACAUUGCCGACGAGGCAGAAGAUAUACCGCAGGUUGAUGAUCCAGUCUGGAUUCUUGGCAGAGUAUAUAAUGCUAUUAAAGAGCUCGAUAUAAUACGUAGAGAUAUUCGUUCCAUACUGUGGUUUACGUACCGAAAAGGUUUUGUUCCCAUCGGUGGCUGUAACUCUACGUUUACAUCUGACAAAGGUUGGGGUUGUAUGUUGAGAUGUGGUCAAAUGGUUCUUGCCCGAGCCCUAAUUACGUUACACUUAGGUAAAGAUUGGCAAUGGAUGCCAGAAUCGAAGAAUAGUACAUACUUAAAAAUUCUUAAGCGCUUUGAAGAUAAAAGAGCUGCUACUUUUUCCAUUCAUCAAAUUGCAUUGACGGGAGCAUCUGAAGGAAAAGAAGUUGGACAAUGGUUUGGUCCUAAUACCAUUGCGCAAGUAUUAAAAAAACUAGUUGUAUAUGAUGAAUGGAGCUCCCUUACUAUACAUGUUGCAUUAGACAAUAUGUUAGUAAUUAAUGAUAUUUUGAAGCAAUGUAAAGUGGACGGCAGUGUGACAGCGGAAGUAGAUGAAGAAAUGACUUUGAAAGCACCUAACCAGUGGAAGCCUUUGCUAUUAUUAAUUCCACUCCGUCUUGGACUCAGUGAGAUUAAUCCUGUGUACAUUAAUGGACUUAAGGCAUCAUUUAAGAUCUCGCAAUCUCUUGGAGUGAUUGGAGGAAAACCUAAUCUGGCGUUAUAUUUCAUAGGAUGCGUGGGAGACGAAGUUAUUUAUUUGGAUCCUCAUACUACACAAAGAUCAGGCAACGUUGGGAACAAAACUAAUGAAGAAGAAAUUGAGAUGGAUGCUACAUAUCACUGCAAAUUAGCUAACCGUACUCCUAUUACAGGAAUGGAUCCUUCUGUGGCUCUUUGCUUCUUUUGUGCUACGGAAGUGGAUUUUAGAUCUUUAUGUAAAUCAAUGCAAGAAGAAUUAACACUGCCUCAGAAGCAACCAUUAUUUGAACUGUGCACAGAGCGUUUAACACAUUGGUUACCUUCGGAAGAUGCUGCUUCCGAGGUAGUAGCUGCUUCUAAUUGCAUAAAAAAAGAGUUUCUUGUGGCAUAUCGUGACCGGCGAUGAAAAAUAGAUCUAUUUUGACGAUCCAAAACGCACGAAAUUAUGGAUUGAUCCUCGCCAAUCAUCAACGUCGACAUCAAAGCGAAAUAUCCACGGUCAUAAAGCAACUCUCUCUAUUUGGUGGGAUAUGGAGAAUGUCGUGUAUUAUGAGCUAUUGAAACCGAACAAAAUAGUCACUGCCGGAUAUUAUCGACGACAAUCGGAGCGUUGGAAUGAUAAUUUGAUGCAAAAACGACCAUCAAUUGCAUCAAAUCGUCGAAAAGUGAUUCUUCUUCAUGGCAACGCUCGGCCUCAUAUUGCCAUAGCCAUGAAACCAACAUUGAUGGAGCUUGAAUGGGAGAUUCUCUCGCACCCAGCGUAUUCUCCGGAGCGAUUACCAUCUGUUCUGAUCGAUGCAACACGCUUUGGAAGAUACACAUUUCCAUAAUUACGGAGAAGUCGAAAAUUGGAUUACUGAAUCGAUUGGCUCAAAAGACAGACCGUUCUUUCGUCGCAGAAUUCAACUUCUGCUAGAGAA